GGUCCCUUCCAACCCUGGCCAUUCUGUGAUUCUGUGAUUCUGGAUGGGACAGAAGCCCAAUAUUUGAUGUCAGAAUAAGGUCCUGAGAGACAGCACCAGGCACAGGGGCAUUCCUGAGCAGCAGACAGCGGCAGCCCGGAGCUGUGUGCCCAAGUACUGCAGGUCCCUUAGCAAGGCAGGCAGCAUCUGCUCAGCAUAUCCUCACCCUGGUGGGAAAACAGCAACCAGUGAGGGUCUGGGAGAUAUUCCAGCCUCCAUCCCUUGGAGCUCUGACAUCGAAAUAACAGACCCUCGGCAUCUGGCUCACAUCCCUUCUAUCCCCUCCUAUGGGGAGUGGGCAGCCUCCCUGUGGGACAGCACCUUCCAGACCAUGGCAGCUCUGGGAAUGAAGGCUCUGAGGUCGUUCAGUGCACCCUGGGCUCUUCGUUUCUUUUGGGCAGCCAAAGCCCAUCCGAGAGCACCACCUCCUGGGCAAGGCAAAAAGCACGGAGCAGACAGACGGUAUGGAGUUACCCAGAAGGAAAAUACACCGAUUUCCCAUUCUGAAGUCAUACAAAACAAACAUGGGAGGAGAUGGGCAAACCUGGGGCCGCCCUCGGGGAUUGCAUGCCCUCCAGCUUGUGCGUCUUUUCCAGAAAUGGGAUUUUAUUUAAACAAAAAAGCAUGGAGCAUCCCUGGGAAAGUCGCUGAGCUCCACUGAACAUCUUCUCAAGGAUGAGGUCAAACAGGUUUACUUUUCCCCUCUUACCUUCACCUCCUUCUCACCAAUGCCAACUACUCAAGGUUUCCAAACUGGGAAGAUGUGGAAGGGGAACGGGAUGAGCAGAAGUGCCUGUAAACCCUCAGAUGUGCAGGUGAGGAGCUGAAUAUGAGCCACAAACCUCACAUAGUAAAAAGUUGAGUAAAACCUCCAACAUUGGCUGCCAAGCAUAGAUAAGGGCACCAUGAUCCCUUCUUCUGCCUUUGGGGGCUUCUCCAACUGAAGGGUUCUUCUGGCUGAUGGCUGAAUUCCCUGUGUAGGGAAUGGGAGGGGACCCAGGGCUGUGCUUUCCCCCAGGGCUGUGAUGGCCACUGACCCUGAGCAGAGCAGGUCUCAGCUGUAGGCAUGGGAAAGGAGCUCCCAUUUCCACCUCCUCACUUGGAAAAGGACCUGGCUCUGCCCCUGAACCUGGUCUCACCUUUCAGGCACUGCCAGGCUCAACUUUGCCACCUGGGACAGAUGCAGCCACAUGUGGAACUGGGGCAAAGGCACCAGGAAAAGCCAUGCAUGGGAAAGGGCGAAACUGAUGACACCAGAAUCCCUUUGAUUUUAGCAUGGGCAGAGCUGCAGAGGGAGGCAGACUUGUUUUCUCAGUGCCUAUGUAUAGAACAGUGAGCUCAUAGUUUCCAACAAUGGAGAGCAUCCAAACUAUGGGAAACAGGAAUUUCCACCCCGCCCGGUGCCAGCUGAGAGCUGAAGGUGGGGAGAUGCUCAGUGCCCCAGACCUGCCCGUGCUGGCCCAGGUCAAUUCUCCAGCACUCAGGACCUGGGGAAGUGAUCAGCCCUGGCAGCUUCAAGGAGAGGUCACAAAUGGGAAUGUGCACCCAAAGGAUAGCGAGAGGAGUGGAUGUGGAGCAGAGGAGCAGCUCUGGAUCUCCUUACGGUGGGAUUUCAUGGCAUAAGAGGUAUGAAGGGUACCAACCCCACAUGAGGUGCUCUCUGCAUUUUGGCAGCUGCCCCACAGCAUGGGAAUGGCCUGGUAAGUUUGCACCCACCCCUUUUCAUCCAGAAACCAACCCUGUGAUGUAACUGCUGCACCCACGGGUGGUGAUACCACUGCCCACGCCUGCCAGGGCUCGAAACCACCACUGCUGCCUGUGCAGUGACUGUGGGGACCCAUCUGUUGAAUGUUGUUGGGUGCCAGAGGUGCCUUAACACUCUUGCCGUCUCUUCUUACCCCAUCGAUCCUGGAGAUCCCCGGGCAUCUUCUUGAGGCUGGAGGAGCACAGAACCAGGAGUGGUUCUACAGAGCAUCUCUGCACCCAUGUGAGAUCCCCACUUAAUUCCAAGUUUCUCCUAAACUAUGAUGGAGACUGCAGGCCUCCCAGGGUACAGGAGUUCCUUGGAGCCCUUUUGAUCACCCUGAGGAAACCGGCUGGGCUGAGGAUGCUGAAAGGAUCCAAGGUGGUGACAGGAACCAUCCACUUGCAAACAGCUUUUGAAAGGCUCUGGAAGUCAAGGGAAGAAUGGCAGCACCCUGAGACAAGGGGUAAUGCCACAGAGAGCCUCCUCUGUGCAGGAUUCCAACCCACAAAUGGCCAAAUGGAGGGGUUCCAUCUGCCCACAAGAUGCAGCAGAUGGUGCUGGAAGCCUGCAGGCAGGCAGGAGAUGAAAGCGACCAGAGCUGUGCUCUGCUGUGAACUGUCUGGGUUGCCCACAGCCACGCUGCUCUUUGGAGUGACCAUCCAGCAGUGUGGGGCUGGGUGACAUAGAGGGGAGACCAGAUCACAGAGAUGAGACCAGUGUGGGGAUGGGGAGCAGAGACGUGUGGUUGUGUCCUGUCCCUGGCAGGGGCCCUGCUGUGUUUGGGGACCAGCAGCCUGCGGUUUGACCCUGGGAACCCAUUACAGGGAGGCCAGCAGGCAGCACUGUGCCACCUCUCCCUGCCCUCUGACGCCUUACGCCGGCUCCACACCCACUCCCUGGCAGGGUUCAGGAUUUAAAACUUGAACGGGUUCCUCCGCAUUCACAGCCCGGGUGCUGCCCUGUCCCCGCUCCUGCCUUUACGCAACGCGCUCGCAUGAAACGCGCAGCCACCACCUUGCUGUUAUAUAGGCACCCCGGUCCCGGCCCAGACGGUGCUCAGCGCUGGGGACAGCAGUGGAUCGGAUGGAGAGGACCCUGCCCUGGGGCCCUGCAGAAGCUGGGAAGCACCCGUGGUCUGCAGAGCAGGGAUGGCUGAGACCUCACCCAGCAAGGAAGGGGCCCCAGCCGAAUGCCCCGUCUGCUACGAGAAGUUCCACCCCCUGGAGCACACACAUCGCCAGCUCAGCUGCGGGCACGCCUUCUGCCACGACUGCCUGGUGAAGUGCCUGCUUUCCUCCAAGCUGGACGGCCACAUCCAGAGCACCAUCAUCUGCCCCGUCUGUCGCUACGUCACCUUCCUCAGCAAGAAGAAGGCUCUGUGGCCAUCCAGCCCGCGGACGCUGGAAGUGCCCCUGUCACCAUCCUCCUUAUCCCAGCUGACCAAACUGGAGAGCAGCAACGCCCUCGUGGUGCCCAGCCACUUUGUGAUGCCGGUGCAGAGCUUGGAGCGGUGCAGCCCUACGGGCACACAGGGAGAGCUGGCACGUGGAGCCCACAUCUUCAUCAUCAGCAGGCAUGGGAUGCCGCUGGUGGACACGGACUGCUCCUCCCUGCGGAGAGAAAGCCAGGCGGAGACACGGAGCACCAUGUCCUCCAGCUCGGCCCUGGGGCUGCAGUGCUGCCAGUCGCCCAUCGCUCUGGCCGUGCUGCUCAUCCUCACUGUGGCCCUGCUGGCGGCCGUGCUCCCUUGGCUGCUGCUGGUCAAGAGGGACUCACAGUGAGGAAGGCAGCGACUGUGAUGAUGGAGGAUUGGCACUGAUGCUGGGGCUGGCACCUUCCUGGAGAAAGCCCAGAUGCAGCUCCAGGGGAAGUUUUCUCAUCUGACCAGGAAUUUGGGAUGUUCCUGAAGAUCUCUGGGUGCUCCCAUGCUAGAGGUGUUGCCUCAUUUGUUUGAAAUGUGGCUGUUUGAGUCCUGUUAGAGGGUUCCUUCUGUGUUUUAGUGGUGUGGUGGGGCUGGAAGGACCCAACUCACAGCACUGCCCUCCCUCGGCCCUGCUCUCAGGUCCCCCAGAGAUGUCCAUGCUCCUGCUGUCACCGUGUCUCUCCUGCCCUGAGCACCCAGGGACAGGCAGCAGGCGGGGAGUGAAGGCAUCGGGGCUGCAUAGGGGUAGCUCUGAGAAUUCCAUCCUGUCCCCAUACCAGGGGGAGGUGUGGGCAUCUGAGGGGUGUACAUGAGAUUUGGGUCCCCCCCGUGCCCAUUCCAAAAGAGGUCAGAGUCACAGUGACUGUGGUGCUCAGGAAUGCAGCUUGAGGACCUUGGUGCUUUCACAGAUCCCUGACACAUGGAGCGGGAGCAGGAUGUCCCUUGCUGUCACUGGCAGGAGGGUGGCACAUAGCUCCUAAAGUGAGAAUCCCACUUGCUGAGCAUCAGGGGGCUGCAGUGCUUUGGGAUCACCCAGAACAUUUCAAGAAGACAAAUAAAAGCUGCCCAGUGUUAGAAAUGCUGCUCAGCAGGAAGAUCCCAUAUCAGCCCUAUGGCCCAUCUGUGAGCAAAUGCAGGGCAUCACUCAUCCACCCCUGGGCCUGUUUCCAUACCUGUGUACCAGGUGUGAUGACACUGACUCCUGCACUGGGAGACUGCUGGGGAAAAGUGCCUGAGACACUGCACUGGCAUGGAAAUCCUAUUUCAUAAGAAAUAAUUACCUGACAAUAAUGAGUCCCUGCCUCCUCAUUUAAUAAUUGCCCUUGUCAUUACUCUGGAUAUUGGGGAGGUACUGGAGGGUGCCAGGGAGCCAACUCCUGGCAUAUAGGGCUGCUGAGGAGCAGGCAGGGCUGGCGGAGCCCACUUUUGGCUGCUGCUGCUGGAGGCCAGGAUCCACUUGGCAAAGGACUUCAGCAGCAGCUCCAUGUUGAGAGGGACAUCUUGGGGGGUGGCAGCAGGGAAGAGGAGACCAAGUCUGGGGGUUCCAUCAGCAGGGAGAGGCAAUGCCACGGACAUGGGGUGGGGCCUGGGGGCAUCACUGUGGGUUUGCCACAGGGUGGCACUGCUUGGCCGGAGCUGGGUGCCAGGGCUGGCACGGGGACAAAACCAGGCUUGGGGGUGGCACCCUGGGUCCCCAAGAGGGAGAGUUACAGAUUUCCCCCCUGAAAUCUGAAAUCUGGCUGUAAGCAGCUGCCAACAAGGCAGGGUCUGCACCCCCUGCUGCACCCAUGCUCUCCUGCUGCUCGGGGCCAGCUGAUGUCCCUGUCCCCACAUCCUCACCAGAGCCACCCACCUCCGCUGGGGUCUGUGUGCAUCUGGGAUAGAUAUUUCCAGUCCUUCCUGUGCUGAUGGAGAAGCUGCCAGCAUCUUAUUUUUUUGCUGUUAAUGUCAUUAAGAAGCCAGUCCUUCCUGUGCCUUCCCCUGCUGCUGAUCCCUAUGGAGGAGGUUUGCAGCUCCAGGAAAGCCAAGCCCCCACGUGCUGUGCAGCUUCCCCCAGCAGGAACAGGACCAGGAGCAUUGCAGGGUGCUGAGGCCACUUGCAGCUCAGUGCUGAGUACUUCAGUGCUUUGGUUCAUUGUGGUGACCAAAACACCGAGCCUGCAGCUCACAGACGUGCAUUGGAUGGUUGCAUUCUCUGCUGAUAUCCCACAUCACCUGUGUGGGGACACA